AUGUCGUGCUGCAGCGGCUCAGAUCCUCACCUCCAGCUCACCCGAGAGGGGGAGGAGGGGGGAGGGUUUGACACCCGUCUCCCCUCACGUCCUGGGACCCUUCAGAGCGCAUCAGCUCCAUCGCCAACACCCUCACCCCCCUCACCCCCCUCACCCCCCCUGUACCCCCCUCCUCACCCCCCCUGUACCCCCCUCCUCACCCCUCCUCACCCACCCCUGUACCCCCCUCCUCACCCCCUCACCCCUCCUCACCCACCCCUGUACCCCCCUCCUCACCCCCCCUGUACCCCCCUCCUCACCCCUCCUCACCCACCCCUGUACCCCCCUCCUCACCCCCUCACCCCUCCUCACCCACCCCUGGACCCCCCUCCUCACCCACCCCUGUACCCCCCCCCUCACCCCCCCUGUACCCCCCUCCCCAAAGUCUGCCUCAUUAACUCAAUUCACGGCUGCUUGUGCAGAGGUGGCAACUAA